CGCACAUGUUAUCUUUUUCCUUUUUUUCCCUCUCAAUUAUCUCUCUUCUCUCUCCGUUCCUGGGGAGCGGACGAUUUUUGGGACUCGCAUGGCAUUACAUAGAGAUCUGGUUCAUAUCUUUCCUUCUUUCAUCUUCCUCUUUUAUUACCCUAUUGAUCCUCACACUCCUUUACUGCCUCCCUCCUUCAACAUCCUACCCCCUCCCCCCUCUCCCCUCUCUCAUGGUUACUCUCUAUUAUCAUCUCUCAUAUUCUCUUCCAUUGUUGUCUUUUCUGUGAUUGUCCGUUGUUUAUUUCUUUUCUCCCUUUUCUUUUCUCCCUUUUCUUUUCUCCCUUUUCUUUUCUCCCAUUCAUACCAUUUCCGAUUUGUACUUCUCUUGUCUCGUUUGUUGAUCACUCUCAAACUACAUGAUCCUAGCGAAUUGAAUAUCUAGCAGCUACUACUAGCUACCCGAGGUCGCCAGCAUCGCCAACACCCGCGCCGCGCUAGUGGAGAGAGAAGUCGUUUUUUUCGAGUCCUGUCCGUAAUCGAUAAUAUGAGCCACCCUCAUCCUUCAUUGGCAUUUCUCGCUUCUUGAUUUGUCCGGUUUUCGAG